ACUUGUCCUUCUCCUUCCACCGAUCACUUCUCGCUUGCAAAUUUGCAUACACAAGGAAGUAAGCUAUAACGAGGGAAAGAGAAAGAACAAAAAUGCCUUCUGCCCCGUCUCUAACUCUGGUCUCCAAAUGCACUGUUUUCCCAGACCAGAAAUCCACCAUGGAAGACCUCAAACUUUCAGUUUCUGACCUCCCCAUGCUUUCUUGCCACUAUAUUCAAAAGGGUGGUCUCUUCACUCGUCCUCAUAUUCCAAUUGAUUCUCUUGUUUCCCUCCUUAAAAAUUCUCUUUCUCAAACACUUUCUUACUUCCCUCCUCUCGCUGGUCGAUUGAAAACAGACUCCAAUGGUUACGUUUACAUAACCUGCAACGACGCAGGUGUUGAUUUCUUGCACGCCUGCGCCACCCAUCUUUCCAUUUGCGAUAUUCUUUCUCCAGUUUAUGUCCCUGAGUGCGUCAAGAGCUUCUUUGCUUUUGAUCGGACUGUUAGUUAUGAUGGGCAUUACAAGCCAAUCUUGGCUGUUCAGGUGACGGAGCUAGCCGAUGGAGUUUUCAUUGGCUGUGCCUUGAACCACUCUGUCACAGAUGGAACUUCCAUCUGGAACUUCUUUAACACCUUCGCUGAGCUUUCAAGAGGAAUCAAGAAAAUCUCGCAGGUGCUGCAGCCCGAUUUUUCAAGAAACUCGGUGCUGAUAUCCCAGGAGGUGCUUCAAGUCCCUGAGGGUGGACCCAAGGUCACUUUUAAUGAAAACGAGCCACUGAGUGAAAGAAUCUUUAGCUUUAGCAGAGAAGCCAUUUUGAAGCUAAAAGCCAGAGCUAACAACAAGAAAUGGAUUGAAAAUUCAGGCAUUGACGCUGUGGAAUUAAUGGGUAAACAAAGUAAUGAUCCUUAUCAUCACCAAAUCAAUGGAAAAACGAAUAUGACUGCAAUUCUUGAAAACUGGUUAAAGAACGCAGUUUCGAAACCUCAAGAAAUGGAGUCCAACAACCGUACUCCAACGGUGGUGGAGAUUUCUUCUUUUCAAUCUUUGUGCGCGCUGCUGUGGAAGGCGGUGACGCGGGCGAGGAAGCUGAGCCCAACCAAAACGACGACAUUUAGAAUGGCAGCGAAUUGCCGGCACCGUUUGAACCCGAAACUGCAUCCGCUUUAUUUCGGGAACGCAAUUCAAAGCAUACCCACAUACGCAUCAGCCGGUGACGUCUUAUCUCGCGAUUUGCGAUGGUGCGCCGAACAAUUAAAUGAGAACGUAAUAGCUCACAACGACGAGAUGGUGCGUCGUUUCGUAAAGAAUUGGGAGGAGGAUCCGAAGUGUUUCCCCUUGGGAAACUUUGAUGGUGCAUCAAUGACCAUGGGUAGCUCCCCUAGAUUUCCAAUGUACGAUAAUGAUUUCGGGUGGGGUCGACCCUUGGCCGUUAGGAGUGGUGGGGCCAACAAAUUUGACGGUAAGAUCUCUGCCUUUCCAGGGCGGGAAGGCGGCGGAAGCAUCGACUUAGAGGUGGUUUUGGCGCCUGAAACAAUGGCUGGGAUCGAGUCUGAUUACGAAUUCAUGCAAUAUGUAUCUAACUGAUCUGCAGUUGAAUUAUCGGUGAUGAUAAUGAUCUUGUAUCGUUGAUGAUUAUCUUGUUGGGGUGUCAAGGUUGGUGAUUAAUUUGGAGCGAUGAUCGAGGAUAAGAAGAGGGAUGUUUUCAUCUUACGUAAUUUUGUGACAUAUUUUUCUAGUAAUUUUAUUGCUUAUUUUAAUA